CAAGGCAAUUUGUCCCUCGGCGGACACCGUUUCCCAGCUAAGCAAUGUCUGCGCUCUCGCGGAUAUCGUAGCGUGCGGAGUUCUACCCUUUCCUCCGCGCUGGGCAUGGCGAGCCGAAGGGCCCGGCAGCGCCUCAAGGGCGGCGGCGGCGGCGGCGGUGGCGGCGGGGACGCGGGCCCGGCCGCGGAGAAGCUGCGGGAGCUGCUGGGCAGCCGGGAGGCAGGCGCGCAGCCGCGGCCAGAGUCUGGAAAUAAAGCAGGGCAAGUCUGGGCCCCUGAAGGAUCCACUGCUUUCAAGUGUCUGCUCUCGGCAAGGUUGUGCGCUGCCCUUCUGAGCAACAUCUCGGACUGUGAUGAAACCUUUAACUACUGGGAACCAACACACUACCUCAUCUAUGGGAAGGGGUUUCAGACAUGGGAAUAUUCCCCGCUCUAUGCCAUCCGCUCGUAUGCUUACCUGCUGCUGCAUGCCUGGCCAGCUGCAUUUCAUGCACGGAUUCUGCAAACUAAUAAGAUUCUUGUAUUCUACUUUUUGAGAUGUCUCCUGGCUUUUGUGAGCUGUAUUUGUGAACUUUACUUUUAUAAGGCUGUGUGCAAGAAAUUUGGGCUGCAUGUGAGCCGGAUGAUGCUGGCCUUCUUGGUGCUCAGCACUGGCAUGUUUUGUUCAUCGGCUGCAUUCCUUCCUAGCAGCUUCUGCAUGUAUACUACGUUGAUCGCCAUGACUGGGUGGUACAUGGACAAGACACCCAUUGCUGUGCUGGGAGUGGCAGCGGGGGCUAUCUUAGGGUGGCCAUUCAGUGCAGCUCUUGGUUUGCCCAUCGCCUUUGACUCACUGGCCAUGAAACACAGGUGGAAGAGUUUCUUUCGUUGGUCCCUGGUGGCCCUGAUUCUUUUCCUGGUGCCUGUGGUGGUCAUUGACAGCUACUAUUAUGGAAAGUUGGUGAUUGCACCUCUCAACAUUGUUUUGUAUAAUGUCUUCACUUCUCAUGGACCUGAUCUCUAUGGUACGGAACCAUGGUAUUUCUAUUUAAUCAAUGGAUUUCUGAAUUUCAAUGUUGCCUUUGCUUUGGCUCUUCUGGUCUUGCCACUGACUUUUCUUAUGGAGUACCUGCUGCAGAGAUUCCAUGUUCAAAAUUUAGGACAUCCAUAUUGGCUUACCUUGGCGCCAAUGUAUAUUUGGUUUAUAAUUUUCUUCAUCCAGCCUCACAAAGAGGAGCGCUUUCUCUUCCCAGUGUAUCCGCUUAUAUGUCUCUGUGGUGCCGUUUCUCUUUCUGCACUUCAGAAAUGUUACCACUUUGUGUUUCAACGAUAUCGCCUGGAGCAUUACACUGUGACAUCCAGCUGGCUGGCAUUAGGAACAGUUUUCCUGUUUGGACUUCUGUCAUUCUCACGCUCUGUGGCUUUGUUCAGAGGAUAUCAUGGGCCCCUUGAUUUGUAUCCAGAAUUUUACCGAAUUGCCACAGACCCAACCAUCCACACUGUCCCAGAAGGCAGGCCUGUGAACGUUUGUGUGGGGAAAGAAUGGUAUCGAUUUCCCAGCAGCUUCCUUUUGCCUGAUAAUUGGCAGCUUCAGUUCAUUCCAUCAGAGUUCAGAGGUCAGCUACCAAAGCCUUUUGCAGAGGGACCACUGGCCACUCGGACUGUCCCUGCUGACAUGAACGACCAGAACCAAGAGGAGCCUUCCAGAUAUAUUGACAUCAGCAAAUGCCAUUACUUAGUGGAUUUGGACACUAUGAGAGAAACACCUCGGGAGCCAAACUACUCAUCCAACAGAGAAGAAUGGGUCAGCCUUGCCCACAGACCAUUCCUGGAUGCCUCUAGGAGGAUUAUCCCAAACUACCACUUCUUAGACCUGGAAUUCCUCGUUGGGGGUCUUCCAAGUUGCUCCGGGCAUUCUAUGUCCCCUUCCUGUCGGAUCAAUACACAGUGUAUGUGAACUACACCAUCCUCAAGCCUCGGAAAGCAAAGCAAAGCAGGAAGAAGACUGGAGCUUAGGAACGCCCCUGUGGCUCCAAGGGACAGCCAUCAUGUUAACUGACAGCUCCACUGAGCUGACUUCCUCCAAGUCAUAUAACACUUGUAAUAAAGGUCGGCUGACAAGAUGCCAGAUUCCGGGUGCUCUGAGCUCGUCAGUAUGUCAAAGUCUAAUCAGAGUCACACACAUCCUGCCCCUGUCUGGUCUGCAUGUGAGCUUUCUGCAGAUGGGCAGAGUCCCUAAAGCCUGGAGAGGUACAUUGCUCCGCUUCUCAUUGUUCUCCCUGUUGAGUUAUUUAUUAGCGCGGAGAAAAGCUGAGCACCCUGACUGGGUGUGUGCUGGUGUUCUCCACUCUCUGGCCUGGCAUCUGAGAACUAGCAAGCCUUCCUUAGGCCAUAUGGUUUCUCCACUAAAGUUGUUUGGCAGCUCCUAGCAGACCUUGUUCAAAUCCUAGUGCUGAGAAGAAGCACAGCCUGGUGCCAACUGACAUGUCCUUUCACCGCCAGCAGGCUUCAGCUUCUGAGAGCAUUCCCAGGACUGACACCAUGUCCCGAAGCUCAGGAAAAAGGCGACCGUGAAAGAACUGUGACCUAAUAUUAUCUAUGAUGCUUCUAAUUUUCUUUAAAACCGGUCUUAAUUAUUUGGCUAUUUGGGAAGUGUUUUAAGAUUUUUAAUGUUUCA